AUGGUAGUAAAAAAAAAUCGGUUCUGUCCCGCCCCCGCCCCCCGCCCCCACUUCUAUUUUUUUUUACUCACAUCUUCCAUUCAAGGUAAAAAUCUAUUUCAUAACAUUUCCAUCACUACAUAUCAAAUUUGUCCACGUCCACGUCCACGUCCACGUCCACUUACUUACUUAAUGUCUUGUGAUUCACCAAUAAUAGUUUCAUUAAAUGAUUUGAAAACAGAUGAAGGAUACCCUGGAUUAAAAGAUGAAAUUUUAGAAAAAGCUUUUGGACCUAAUUCAUUAGGUAUAAUAAUUAUUAAAGAUUUACCAAUUCAAUUCGUUGAAUUAAGAAAAAAAGUUUUAAUUAGUGCAUCUAAAUUAGCUAAUUUACCAACUGAUCAAUUGAAAUCAUUAGAAUGUGAAAAAAAUUAUUGGUUAACGGGUUGGUCAUGUGGUAAAGAGAAAUUACGACAAACUAAUAAUAAUAAUAAUAAUAAUAACUACUCAAUACCUGAUGAUAAAAAAGGAUCAUUUUAUAUUAAUUGUAGUUUUUAUAAAGAUGAUAAACUUGAGUCACCUCCACAAGAAUUAGUUGAUAAAUUUCCAAAUCAUUUAACUUAUACAAUGAAGAAUAUUUGGCCGCCAGAAGAUGAAAAUUCUGGUUUAAUAGGAUUUAAACAAAAUUUGAAAAAUUUAUGUAAUUUAAUAAUUUCAAUAUCAGAAUCAGUGGCUAUUAAUUGUGAUAAAUAUAUUAAAUCACAUUAUCCAAAUGAUUAUCCUUCAAAUGAUUAUUUAACAAAAAUUGUUCAGAAUUCAACUUGUACAAAAGCAAGAUUAUUACAUUAUUUCCCCAACUACAACUACAACUACAACUACAACAACAAGGAGGAGGAGAAGGAGGAGGAGGAGGAUAACAACAACCUCACAGAUCUCGAGGCUGAAGCCUUGUCUGAUGAUAAUUGGUGUGGUGAACAUUUAGAUCAUUCUUGUUUGACAGGAUUAACAUCAGCUUUAUAUAUUGAUGAAUCAAAAGGAUUAAACCCACACCAUGCUGCUGCUGCUGCUGCUGUUGUUCUUGACAAUUCUUCUCCUGAUCUAGAUCCUGAUUCAGGAUUAUAUAUUAAAAAUCGUCAAAAUGAUAAAAUUAUUAAAAUUAAUAUUCCUCAUGAUUGUUUAGCUUUCCAAUCAGGUUCAACUUUACAACAAGUAUCAAAAAAUAAAUUUAAAGCUGUACCUCAUUUUGUUAAAAGUGGUAACAAUAAUAAAGGUAAAUCUAUUGCUAGAAAUACUUUGGCAGUUUUCAUUCAACCAAAUUUAGAUGAAAUGGUUAAUGAAAUGGAAAAUUUUGCUCAAUAUUCUGAUCGAAUUUUAAAAUCUAAUCAUUGA